AUGUUCAAUUUUUUCUCAAAAAGCAAGGAGGAUCGGACCACCACCACCACCAGCACCACCAAUCCCAUCUCCACUUCUGGGGAAACUGCCUCUUCCAAAAUUUUGCAAUCAUUUCGAGUGAUCUUUUUGGGACCGCCAGCCGCGGGAAAGGGCACCCAAUCGGUCAAUGUAGCCGAAAAGUAUUGUAUAUGUCACCUUUCCACUGGUGAUAUGCUUCGUGCUGCUAUUAGCGAGGGCUCGGAGAUUGGAAAGCGAGCAAAGGCUGUGAUUGAGUCUGGAAAUCUUGUCUCGGAUGAAAUUAUGGUUGAUAUGAUCAAGGAUGCAAUUAAUCGGCCUCAGUGCAAAAACGGCUUCCUUUUGGAUGGCUUUCCACGAACCACUCCGCAAGCAGAAAAGCUGGAUGUGAUGUUGAAACAGGCCGGUCAGCAGCUGGAUCGUGUCGUCGAAUUUACCAUCCCCGAUAGCGUGCUUGAGAAGCGCAUCACAGGAAGGCUUUUACACCCCGCUUCUGGGCGUACAUACCAUGAAGAAUUUAACCCGCCAAAAUCACCCAUGACAGACGAUGUGGAUGCGUUGAAGAGGAGAAUCGAAAUUUACCGCAAACAAACGGCACCAAUUGCGCUCUAUUACAAGAACAAGAAUCUGCUGUCCGUCGUUGAUGCUACACAAUCGCCCGCAUCCGUGUGGAUGUCGCUUCAAAGCAUUCUGGACAGAUCUUUGAAGAUGGCCGCCUCUUCCUCCUUGUAA